AUGAACAAGCAGGCCGAUCACACGGACCACCACUAUCAGAAGCAACGCGACCUGAAAGCCAGCGAAGCCAACGGUAUCCUGAGAAGUACUCCACCUCCGGCAAUUCAUUGGGCUGUUGACCCUAACGGAGAGACACUCUAUUUACACAAUUCAACGGCUCUGGUGGACGCUUAUGGUACUGAUGUUGUCGAGAAGAUAUACGACGACAUCAAAUUCUUCUUGUCACUCCAUCCACCAAAUCUACCAGAUCCACAGCGUCACUUCAACGACGAGAGAAUACUCAAAGCGCACCCGGAAUUCGCAAAGGAGAAUGGGGGAUCCUCAGGGGUGGUACAUUACGGUUGUUGGCAUGAGCGAGGAAAAGAAUUCGCAGAUGCACCUCUUCUGCUAAAGACCUCGGAUUCCAGGCCUUCAGCUGACACUAAGGAGGGUUUCCUGAAACAGCUGCUGCGCAACGCUUGCGCCCACAUCACCCGUGUCGUCGCUCUCCUCUUCGGUAUAGCCAGCCCUGAGAUGCGCGACCAGUAUCGACGGGUUGUUGAGAGUAUCGCUGAUUAUCGUCGCAUGGAUACGAUUGAGGAGGAGCUAUGGACGCUGAGAGCCGUGCUUAACAAUGUCAUGACGGAAAGCCACCAGGACAGCAAUGAGUUGGAUAGAUGGACUGGUGCGGGGGACAUGUGUCUCAGGCAACUUGGCAUUCAUCUCGCAUCGCCGUCAGGUGCAGUCACAGGUAUCUUGGGAAGAGAAACCAUUCACAACAUCACAGAGUGGACGGACUUUGACUCUAAAAUGGAGAGGCGAAGCAGGAUUUCCGUGGUUCACACAACCCAUGAGUCUAUACGUCAAGAGGCUUUGCAGAACCUCGCGAAGCAAAAGAAGAGGUCGAGCCCAGAGCCUUUGGGGACUUCAGAGGAGGAGAAGCCGAGGAAGCGUCAGCCUCAUGACACUUCCUCUGACACGUAUAUGGGCAGAGUAAUGAGCAGACUUUAG